CACCUAACAUCAAUUUAUGCCAAUCGCCUGUAUGUAAAUCCGCGGGAAUGGCACUGAAUGUAAAUCUCAACGAAUCGGUCGACCCGUGCCAUGACUUCUAUGCGUUCGCGUGCGGGGGUUGGGAGGCGUCCCAUACAUUGCCCGACGAUAAUAAAUGGUACGAUAGUAUUGUUAUACUCGAUGACAAUGUUUCCCACGCUAUAAGGAUAUCGUUGAGUAAAAACUGGUCGACAAGUAAUUCAAAUGCUGUGACCUAUGCCUCUGAUCUCUAUAAGGCGUGUAUUGAUGAAGAAACACGUAAUGCCAGGGGAAUGACCCCUCUCAUUGAGGCACUUAAAUCAGUGGGCGGUUGGCCUAUAAUGGGACAGUCGGGUGGCUAUAAUGACAGUGAAUUUGAUUGGAAGGACGCGUUUGUCAAACACGUUAUCACAUCUGAAUCCUCGCCGGUAUUCGCGCUGUCAGUUUCCGGCGACUCUAUGAAUAGUCUCGUGAAUCGCAUUCAUUUCUCGAGGCCAACAUUAGGUUUGCACCGGAGUCAUUUUCUAAAUCCACACGAUUAUAUUGAUUAUAUUAGAGGCUACGUGGAGUAUAUGCUUCAAUCGGCACUACUAUUGGGCGCCGAGUAUAGCACACAAACUAAAAUAGACAUUGAUAAUAUAGUGGAGUUUGAAACAAAAUUGGAUCAGUUUUCACAAACGGAUGUGUUUUACGAGAAGGUAUCCUUCAAAAAGUUUAAUGAAAUGACGGAUAAUAGUGUCGAUUGGCUCAACAUAACAAACACUGUAUACAAGGAAUUGAAUGAAACUAUUCGUAUGAAAAGCGAUGAUAUGGUGAUCGUUGAGGAUAAUUAUUAUUAUAUGAAUGUAACACAACUGUUGACCACAACUCCCAAUAGAGUUAUUGCCAACUAUUUCGGCUGGAAAUUAAUUAUGAAUUUGGGCUCACAUACCACUAAACAGUUCAGGGAUAUUAGAUUCAAAUUCAACCAAUUAUUUACUGGAGUGGAAAAGGAUGUCGAGUUGUGGAGGAGCUGUAAGGCCAGAAUAUCAUCUCAAUUGCCAUACGUUUUGAGUCGCCUAUACGUCGACCAACAUUUCGCACAAAAUGAUAGACAACAGGUUUUAAGGUAUAUCCGAGACGUUAAGAAAGCUUAUUAUGAGUUGAUUGAAGGGAAAGGCUGGUUGGAUAUGAUCACCAGAUUACGAGCUUUACGUAAAUUAAAUACAAUGAAUGAACUUGUUGGAUACCCCGAUUGGGUGCUCAAUAAUCAUGAACUGGACAACUUUUAUCAAUUUAAACAUAGAGUGAAUCCCAAGAAGUCAUUCGAGGCUAUGGUUUAUAUACAAAGCAAUUGUGUCGCACGAAAUAUGCGAUCAAUUGGACAGCCCGUGGACAUCACUAGAGAGCAAAUGGCCAGGCUCAACCAUCGAAUAUUCCCGGCUACUAUUCUGAAGCCACCCUUUCUAUAUAGCAACGGUCCGGCUGCUAUCAACUAUGGGGCCAUUGGAUCGACUAUUGGACACGAACUUACCCAUGGGUUUGAUGGUUGGGGUCUUAAAUACGAUUCAGAGGGAAAUCUAAAUAAUUGGUUCACUAUAUAUUCAGAUGCAAAGUACAAUGAAAAUGCAAAUUGUUUUGUCAAACAAUACUCGAGUGAAUACGUGCCGGAAGUUGAUAUGAAUUUGAACGGAAGGAAUACUUUGGGAGAGAAUAUUGCGGACAACGGAGGCCUCAGAGAGUCGUUCCGCGCGUUUCAGACGUACGUCAAGACAUACGGAGAACCACAACGACUGCCAUAUGGGGAUGGGCGCCUCCUGGGGGAAGAGGGCGUUCAACUGGUGACCGCCGGGGGGUUGCGGUUGUUUGUGGGGCUCUGCCGAUGCAGAGAGAGAACGCCUUCACGGCUUAUCCCGAGUCCCGACAAUCACGACAAUCACGACUGA